UUCGCCUGGAGCUGAGAGGUCGAGCUCCAUGAAUGCCUCAUUCUACUCUUGAAAUCCUUUCGGCAAACACCUCAAAUUGGGGACUAAAUUUAAAAACAUUUUUUCUUUCUAAUAUUGCACAAAACUAAAUAACUUCAAAAUGGCGGUGCGACCUUUUGGCCCCGGACCCGGCGUCUAUAUGCUGCCCCCCACUGUGGGCUAUGAUAAGCACGAUAACCGCAAGCAGCGGAUGCCACAGUACUCCUUUGGCAUGCGCACCCGUGCGCCUGGUGAGGAUCUGGGUCCUGGUCCCGGGGCCUACAAGGUCGACAAGUUGACGCGCUAUGGCACGAGCAAGGGGUUGGAGUUCUCAAUGGCGCCCAGGACCAACGUCAUCGACAAGCGAAGCAGUCCUGGUCCCGGAGCUCACGAUGUCCACAAUAGGCCAUUCUUCAAGGGUGUAAAUGCUCCGUCCUAUUCGAUGGGUCUGCGAACGGACUUCAACUUCAAGAAGGAUGGUCCUGGUCCCAAUGCCUACAAGUACGAGGUCAAUGCGGUUCGUCCUGGAGUUCCCAGCUAUAGCAUGGGACUGCAGACGAAGAUUUUGAACAAGACGAAUUCGCCGGGUCCGGCUGCAUAUGGUGGUGGUGAUAUCAAUGUCAAGCUCACCCGUGCUCCGAUAUACUCGAUGCAGCCGCGCACCACUAUUCCGGGCGAGAAUGUCGGACCCGGACCCAACUACUACGACCUGAUGUACUAUCGUCCUGGCAAGAGUGGACCGGGCUACUCCUUCGGUGUGCGCCACCACCAGUUCGCUCCGCCCAUGAUAGUUAGAUGUGACAACAUGUAGAUCCAGUGCAAUAUUAGAAGAAAUGUUCCAAAAUUUUUGUGAAUAAACAAUUCUUUUGAUACAAA